GCUGAAGGAGGUGAAGAAGAAGAAGAUUCUCAGCAAAGAAGAAGAAGAAAAAAAAAAAGGAUGGAGGCAAAAAGCCGGAACGUGCCCUCAGGUAACACAAACGCACACGACGACACACCCAAACAAUAACACAAAUGGAAUUCACACUUGCGUACGCACUCCCCGCCCCGCUCGCAGACCUGAGCUUCCUGCCGCGUCCGGCGCUGGUGUGGUGCGAGCGCGGCAUCCAGGUCCUGCUGACCACCAUGGGCGCCUUCGCCGCCUUCGCCCUGAUGACGGUCGCCAUCGGCACCGACUAUUGGCUGUACGCGCGCGCCUUCAUCUGCAACAGCACCGCCAACACCUCGGCGGCGGCGGCGCAGGACGACGGCGGCGCCAAGGACAAGAAGGACCCCGGCGCCCUCACCCACUCGGGCCUGUGGAGGAUCUGCUGCCUGGAAGGUCUGAAGCGAGGCGUUUGCUCCCAGAUCAAUCACUUCCCAGACGACGCCGACUACGACCAGGACGCCGCCGAGUAUCUGCUGCGUGUGGUGCGCGCCUCCAGCAUGUUCCCCAUCCUGAGCGCCGUCCUGCUCCUGCUGGGCGGCGUGUGCGUGGCCUCCAGCAGCUUCUACAAAAGCAAAAGGAACGCCAUCCUGGGGGGGGGCAUCCUCUUCGUGGCCGCAGGCCUGAGCAACAUCAUCGGCGUGAUCGUUUACAUCUCGGCGGCGCUCAGCGACAUCUCGCCCAAGAAGGACGAGGACAAGAAGUGGCACUACUCGUACGGGUGGUCCUUCUACUUCGGGGGGCUUUCCUUCAUCCUGGCCGAGAUGGUGGGCGUCCUGGCCGUCAACAUCUACAUCGAGAAGAACAAGGAGCUGCGCUGCCGCUCGCGCGCCGACCUCUUCAAGAGCACCACGCACGCCGUGCUGCGCCUGCCCAGCUACCGCUUCCGCCGGCGCUCGCGCUCCAGCUCGCGCUCCACCGACCCGCCUCGCUCGCAGGAGACGUCGCCCGUCGGGGCCAAAACCUUCAGCCUGCCGCCGUCCGCGCCGGCGUUCUCCGUGGCCACCUUGCCCAACCCCCACCACGGCGCCGGCGGCGACAUCUCCAUGUACACCCUGUCCAGGGACGCCAAACUGGGCAGCCUGGGCGGUGGGGCCCCGCCCCUCUACGGCACCAUGGAUCGCGCCGCGCUCUACCAGCUGCACAACUACUUCCCCAAAGACGGCGGCGGCGGCGGCGGAGGAGGAGGGGCCGCGCACGUCGGAAGCGGCACGCUCCCGUCGCACUCCAAGUCCAACCUGGCGGCCGCCGCCCAGGGCGCCGCCCCGCUGAAUAGCGCCGCCGCCGGCGUCGUACCCGCGGUCCCCGCCGGCGCCCCGCAAGCGCCGAUGUCCACCGCCACCAUGGAGCGGGACCGGGCCAACGUGGGAACGCUGGACCGACUCGCCGCCAAGAGGGACCGCGACAGCAACUCGGACACGCUCAACAGGAAAACCACGCCCGUUUGAAAGCUGAUUGGACGGGGAGGC